AAAAAAAAAAAAAAAAAAAAAAAAAAAAAAAAAAAAACCACAGAGAUUGAUGGGCGCACUUGUUAAUAUGCAAAAGGGUGGUGGUGAUGGUUGUAGAAGAGCAUUUUCUCGGGGACUCACUUCUUUGAUUAGGAGAAAGCCAGUUGACUCGGUUCACACCAGGUCUGAGACUCGUGGGUUGGCCCGGAGACUCUCUCUUGUCGAUCUUAUUGCUAUUGGUGUUGGUUCAACUAUUGGAGCUGGGGUCUAUAUUCUUGUUGGAACUGUUGCUAGAGAGAACACAGGACCUGCACUUACCAUUUCCUUCCUUGUUGCUGGCAUAGCUGCUGCACUCUCUGCAUUUUGUUAUGCAGAGCUUGCAUGUCGUUGUCCAUCUGCUGGGAGUGCCUAUCAUUAUUCAUACAUAUGUGUUGGAGAAGGCAUUGCCUGGUUGAUUGGUUGGGCAUUAAUAUUGGAAUAUACAAUUGGUGGCUCAGCUGUUGCUCGUGGCAUAUCUCCAAAUCUGGCUUUAUUUUUUGGAGGCGAGGAUAAGCUGCCUGCUUUCUUAGUCCGCUACACUAUUUCUUGGCUUGGUAUUGUGGUUGAUCCAUGUGCAGCAAUUCUGGUUUUCAUUGUCACUGGGCUAUUGUGUGUUGGGAUCAAGGAGAGCACAUUGGCUCAAACCAUUGUUACGGUAGUGAAUGUCUGUGUAAUGGUUUUCAUCAUAAUAGCUGGUGGAUACCUAGGUUUCAAGACUGGAUGGGUUGGAUAUGAACUUCAAAGCGGCUAUUUCCCAUUUGGAGCAAAUGGCAUGCUUUCUGGGUCUGCAAUUGUCUUCUUUUCAUACAUUGGUUUUGACUCAGUCACCAGCACUGCUGAGGAGGUAAAGAAUCCUCAAAAAGAUUUGCCACUUGGUAUAGGCCUUGCAUUGGCCAUAUGUUGCAUUUUAUACAUGCUUGUAUCUGUUGUUAUUGUUGGCUUGGUACCUUUCUACGAAUUGAAUGCAGACACCCCUAUCUCCUCAGCGUUUUCUAGCUAUGGAAUGAAAUGGGCAGCGUACACAGUAACAACAGGAGCAGUUACUGCUCUUGUUGCAACUUUGAUGGGUUCAAUUCUUCCUCAGCCACGAAUCCUGAUGGCAAUGGCUAGAGAUGGACUGUUACCAUCAUUUUUCUCAGACAUAAAUAAACACACCCAUGUUCCAGUCAAGAGCACGAUAUUAACUGGCAUUUUUGCUGCAACCCUGGCAUUCUUUAUGGAUGUUUCACAGUUGGCAGGAAUGGUUAGUGUGGGUACCCUGCUCGCAUUUACAACUGUUGCAAUUUCAGUCUUGAUACUGAGAUAUGUUCCACCAGAAGAGGUGCCACUUGUAUCAUCACUUCAGGAGCCCCUUGAUUCAGUUACCUCGCAAUUCCAUCAUGAUACACAGGAUAUUGGCACUGAAACCUCAAAGAAUCUUCUUGGCUCAUGUGAGGACGAUCGUCAACCUUUACUUGGCGAAGAAGAGUCAUUAAUUGGAUAUCCACUUAAUAAGAAAGAACUAGCUCAAGAUGUGCAAAACGAACAAAAAAGGCGAAAAAUUGCUGCUUGGAGUAUAACCCUCUUAUGCAUAGGUGUUCUGGUCCUUACAUCUGCAGCUUCAGCUGAAAAAUUUUGGAGCAUUCCUCGCUUCAUGUUGUGCGGAGUGGGCAUUGCUCUUCUGUUGUGUGGUCUGACUGUGCUCACAUGUAUAGAACAAGAUGAUGCAAGGCACAGCUUUGGACACACUGGAGGCUUUGUAUGCCCAUUUGUUCCAUUCUUACCUGCUGCAUGCAUUCUGAUAAACACCUACUUACUGAUCAACCUUGGAGCUGGUACCUGGAUCCGGGUUUCAGUAUGGCUGGUAGUAGGAGCAUUGAUUUAUGUAUUUUACGGUCGGACUCACAGCUCGCUUGUAGAUGCAGAUGCAGCUCAUGAGCCCAGAACCCAAGCUGAAGAAAUCUCUGCAACUUCAUCAGAGGAUGUGGCUUGAUCACAGUAACCAUCUCAUCUUCUUUUUGUAUCUUUGAAAUCAAUUUUUUCUUGUUUAUAAACAUGUAAAAUCCUCAUUAUUUAGCAGCAUCCAUGAGCUCAAACCUCUCUAUAUUGUAUAGGAAUGUUCUUCAUAGUUUCAUGUCUCACUUUGACUUUA